CAGUCGAGUUUGAAACUUACACUCAAGCGGAGUUGUAAAUAGUUGUUCGAGUUGUUAGCUCGUACUCAAACUGUAGAAAAAUGUAAAAAGUCGACUAAAACAAAUAUUCGUUUGCCUGCAAGUUCUUUUCGAUUUUAAGUUUAAGCGAAAACGAAACCGAAAUACAAUACCAUACAUUUACAACAGAAAAAGUUAAACGGUUUAUAGCUUGCUUUAUAGUAGAAACACAACUAAAAAUAAACGCGUAGAAGUAAACACUUAUAUCGAAACAACGUAACGAAAAGUUAAGUUAAGAAUCAAGCUAAUUUCUGGUGCGUAUAACUCCAUUAGAAGGCGAUUUGCGUAGAAUAGUGAAUAUAAGUAGAACUGCGGAACGGAAUACUGCAGCAGAAGUGCCAACAAUAAUUCAAUCAGACCCCGUCGUCGAACGAGGGGUGGAAAAAUAGCGAAACAACACUCCAAGUGGCAAGCGAAAGUGACGGUCGUGGCACGAAGUAACACCCGUCCCCCCAUCUGUUAAGUUGUCCUGGGGCGGUUCAAAACGCAAACUAACUAGAAAAGUUUGUCAAAUACUCGAAUAAACGGCAAACGUGCGCGUGAUAAAGUUUUUCCUCUAGUUUUUCAGUUUUGUACUUUUUUGACUCAGUCAUAGAUACAGGCAGAAACAGUUACAGAUUCUGAUUCAGUUAAAGCAACUACAGAUACAUAUACACAAAGUCCAUUCGCGAGUGUCUAAGGAUGUCAUCCUCGAUGCCAUCGACCAUGGACCAGCAACGACGUUUGAUUUGGCCAACACUUAUCAUAUCGCUGUUGUUGCUCCAAAAAACAGCGAGUGCCAUCGAUUUGAGCCGCUUGUAUGGCCAUAAGGCAGAUCCGACAGAGAAGCGCAAUGAACCCUGUCAUGCGUACGAGCCAUUCAAGUGCCCCGUCGAUGGUAAUUGCAUUUCCAUACAAUAUUUAUGCGAUGGUGCGCCCGAUUGCUCCGAUGGCUACGAUGAGGAUAUGCGUCUUUGCACAGCGGCCAAGCGACCGCCUGUGGAGGAAACGGCAUCCUUUUUGCAAAGCUUAAUCGCUUCACAUGGACCCAAUUAUCUGGAGAAACUAUUUGGCAGCAAGGCACGUGAUGCCCUUGCCCCGAUGGGGGGUGUGGAGCCGGUGGCAAUCGCUUUGAGUGAAUCGCAAACGAUUGAGGACUUCUGCGCCGUUUUGCAUCUAAUGAAAUCCGACUUGGAGCAUUUGCGUUCUGUUUUUAUGGCUGUGGAAAAUGGAGAUUUGGGCAUGUUGAAAUCGCUUGGCAUUAAGGAUUCUGAAUUGGGUGAUGUCAAGUUCUUCUUGGAGAAAUUAGUCAACACUGGUUUCCUUGACUGAGUAGCGCCUGAUCCGGCUUCUGGAUUUUAUUAUUCACACGCACAACCCAUUAAUCCAAGUUUUUAUUCAUAUUUCGGAGCACCCUAUGAUAGUUAUAACAAUUAAUAAGGUGUUCCGUUACACACACAAAUACACUAAAAUACACAUACAAUAUACAAUAUUUUCUCAAGACUCUCCCAAUUUUCCUAUGCUAUCACAAUAUAUUCUUCAGUUUUAUGCUUUUACUAUAUUAAAAUAUGCUUCUUUUCUUUGAGUUUAACCACUUUUUAUAAAAAAAAUACC